CAGAAAUUGUAUUGAAGGCUCAAAUCUUAGCUGGAGGAAGAGGAAAGGGUGUUUUCAGCAGUGGACUCAAAGGAGGUGUGCAUCUCACUAAGGACCCUACGGUUGUAGGACAACUUGCUCAACAGAUGAUUGGAUACAAUCUUACAACAAAGCAAACCCCAAAGGAUGGUGUUAAAGUUAAGAAGGUUAUGGUGGCAGAAGCACUGAACAUUUCAAGAGAAACCUAUUUUGCAAUAUUAAUGGAUCGCGCUUGCAAUGGACCGGUUCUGGUUGGCAGCCCAGAAGGUGGGGUUGACAUAGAAGAAGUGGCAGCUAAAAGCCCAGAGCUCAUCUUCAAGGAGGAAAUAGAUAUUUUUGAAGGUGUGCGAGAUGCUCAAGCUUUGAAGAUGGCAGAGAAUCUAGGAUUCAAAGCGCCUCUACGACAGCAGGCUGCCGAUCAAAUUAAAAAGCUGUAUAAUCUUUUCCUGAAAAUUGAUGCCACUCAAGUUGAAGUGAAUCCCUUUGGUGAAACUCCAGAAGGACAAGUUGUGUGCUUCGAUGCCAAGAUAAACUUUGAUGACAAUGCAGAAUUCAGGCAAAAAGACAUAUUUGCCAUGGAUGACAAGUCUGAGAAUGAUGCUUUUGAAAAUGAAGCUGCCCGUUACGACUUGAAGUAUAUAGGCAUGGAUGGAAAUAUUGCAUGUUUUGUCAAUGGAGCCGGGCUUGCUAUGGCAACCUGUGAUAUAAUUUACCUUAAUGGUGGAAAGCCUGCCAAUUUCCUGGAUCUAGGUGGAGGCGUGAAGGAAGCGCAAGUGUAUCAAGCAUUCAAAUUGCUCACUGCUGAUCCCAAGGUUGAAGCGAUUCUAGUCAAUAUUUUUGGUGGGAUUGUCAACUGUGCCAUUGUAGCCAACGGGAUCACCAAAGCCUGCCAGGAGCUUGAGCUGAAGGUGCCUUUGGUGAUCAGACUGGAAGGGACGAAUGUUCAUGAAGCCCAGCGCAUUCUGAAUGAAAGUGGACUUCCAAUAACUUCAGCAAGUGACCUUGAAGAUGCUGCCAAGAAGGCAGUGGCUAGUGUGACAAAGAAAUAAAAGCACUGCCAACAAAGAAAUCUCCAGUUCACAAUGGUUGACAUUCCCAAUGUUGCCUCAAAUUAUAUAUUUAGGAUUUAUAAUUGAACAUUGAGUAGGGUUAGAUCUGCCCUCUCUGCCUGAUAUUGAACUUACAAAAUGUCCAAUGUGUAAAAGUUCAGAUCUGUGUUAAUACUGAAGUCACAGGACCUGUGCUUUUCAAAUUAUUCUGACUAGCCUGUGAGCAACUACAAUUACGACCUACAGAUGUAAUCAUUCAGGUUUCUUCUGUAAUAUGUUCUUGUUCUUGACUUCUAAUUUUAAUAACGUAUUUGGUAUAUCUUUAUCAUCCAAGAGGAGUAAAAGCCAUGUCGAUUAUCAUGGUCAGGAUCUAACGAGCUGCAGCAUUAGUUCCAGUUGCCUAAGUGGCAUUUGACUUCAUAAUUCUCAAAAAGCAGCCCUGUUGUAGCAAAAUGUUUUUUUAAAAGAAGGUUAUAGUAUAGCAUGGGCAGUGCUGGCUCCAGGUUUUGGAGGAUCCUUUGAUAUGAUGCCUACAGUGGACCAUGCUCCCUGAUGAGCCCACUGUUUUGCUACUGCCUACUCAUUUACCCUCUCCCUUUGGGUCCAAUCCUCUCUGCCACCCACAGUGAGAAGGUGAGAUGAAUGGUCUCUCAGAUGGGGCCAACAAGUAGAUCAGAACUGCAAACAGGAGAAGUUAUGAACCAGUGGGCUCGUAUCUUGUCAUAUGGGCCCUUUGCUUGGUUAUGGCAAAGUGCAGUACAACACCGGCAUAAAAUGGCCCUAGACGUGAGACCCGCUGUUUGAAGGGGAAAAAGUAACAGUCCCACUGGAUAUAUCCAUUGUCUUGGGCAUGCCAGAAGCAGCUCUUUGGAUCCCAUUCAUUAUGUUAUUAAUGAACUUUUCCAGUUGUUCAUAUUAUGUCAUUUGAGCCAAAUUAAUGGGAAUAGUUUUUUGUUGCUGUUGUUUUUCAUAUAGCGAAUGUGCUUGUUUCACACAUGCCUUAAUGAAGUACUUCUGCUUUGAUACUCAGUGUGUACCUCACACCAGAUGAAAAGCGGAAAGUGUAGUUGUGUGGAAGAGUCCCAUUUGUAUGCUGUACCAUAAAUGAAUGACUAUCUUGUGAACACUUUGAAAUAUUGAAGGGGAAACACACUAUAUCCUCAUGUUAUGGUGCCAUGUGUGUCCAUCUAAUAACUGACUGUGAGUUUCUGGAAUCAAUGUGAGUAGUAGUAGAACUGCCAUUCAUAGCAUACGGAAGAAUACACUCUCUUUAGGGUUUAGGCCUGUGAUGUGAAAAGAAACACUAUUGUGAAAAAACCUGGAAUCCAGCUGAAGAAAAGCACAUUCUAAGUUCCAUUGGUUUCAAUUGAAAUGUUAAAAAUAUGUGCUUUACUGUCAGUUUGAAGUUAUUUGAACUUAAAAGUACUUAAUAUUGGCUUGAUUAUGCUUUUGCCGUGUGGAAAAAAUACAUGUGAAAAGAAAAAAGAUGCAGCGAAACCCUUUUUUCAUCUCAGUAACUGUUUCAGUGUGCUUGUUUGAUUUGACUCUGGAAGGCAACUGUGUUGUAGAUGCUGGUUAUUUACAUAAGUUAUCCAAUCAGGAAAUAGAGAUAUAAGCAACAUUGCUCCACUGACACAAAUCAGAAAUUCAGUUUUGAUUUUCUUUAAAUAUAUUUAGUAAAGAUGUGGAAAACCUGUAAUUUAAUAAAAUAUGAAUUUUAUCUAAUA